GACACUGAUCCAUCUCGACACAGAUCCAUCUCGACAUCGAUCAAACUCGAUUCAUCCAGCCGCUCACCAUGAUGUCCCAGCUGUUUUUCCGCUGCCGGUCGUUUGCGCCGGCCGUCUCGAGCUGCAAUCCCCUCCUCCAACUCAAAGCCAAGGCCCUGCGCUCCCGGGCGCCCACGUUGGCCCUGUCCUUCUCGAGCUCAGCAAGCCGCUCAGCCCAGUCGGCUGCGAGGCCGUCUUCGCAGACCACCAUCCCCUGGAAGCAGUACUUUGAGCUCCGAAAGUCAAAGUCCCAUGCCGAAAUCGCCGCCGCCGCCGUAGGUGGUUCCGUCACCUUCUUUGCCGCAUCGAUCUACGUCUUUGCCAUCGCCGACUACGAUCCCACCAAGAUGAUCAUGGACAUGGAUCCCAUGGUGACCUACAGCGCCGGCAUCUUUGUUGCCACGGGAUGCGGCAUCGGCCUCUCUCUCCUCAGCGGCGGAUCGAUCUGGAGACUCUUUACCAACAAACAGCUCCUGAAGGGUAUGGAUCUGCGCGAACGAGAAUUCUUUGACCGCAUCGCCAAGCACCGCCCAACCACCCAGAAUACCUCGCUGCAGAACCCGAUGCCGGACUUUUAUGGCGAGAACGUCAAGUCGGUGGCUGACUAUCGAGCCUGGCUCCGCAAGCAGCGCGCCUACAAGCUCAAGGUCGGCAUCGUCCACCGUCCCCAGAUGUCGUCCAAGCGGGUCCAGGCUUGAGUUGCCUCGAUCGUCGAUCUUCCCCAUAUUGCCGCCGUCCUUGCCGUGGUUGUGCUGCUUCGAUCUGCCGUCGUCGUGGCGCUAAUCAUGGCUUGGGCCACACCGUCUCUGCACUGCAUCCGCUCGGCGAUCGCUGCGGCAGGGACAUGCGAGCUGCUCGAACUCACCUCGCUCGGGCUUGCGGCCCGGCCCAGCCCAUUCCUCCGUCUGCGUCGCCCUUGCUUUUGAUCUCAAUACACUUUGCGGCUCCUGGUCGUUUGGGUCCGUCGUGCAC